CUAUGCUCCCCCAAGAGGCUCUGGUUGCUACGGUAACCGCCCUUAACGAACCGCUGUGAGCCCCGCCCAGACCCCGUCCCUGACGCCCGGGAUUCGUCAGACGCCGGCGGGUCCCGCGUGGCGCCGGUUGCUAUGGUGAUCGCGGCCACGGGCCGGGCCAGACCAGGCAGCGCAGCUUCUAGAGCCUUUGCAACCUCCGCGGGACACUCUGGAAGGAUGAGGUCCUCGCUGACGCCUUUGGGACCGCCUGUGAGCCGGGACCGUGUCAUCACCAGCUUCCCUAAGUGGUAUACCCCUGAUGCCUGCCUGCAGCUCAAGGAACGCUUCCAUGGGCAGGUCAGCACCACCUGCCAGCGCAAGAACACAGGGACUGUGGGGCUGCGACACUCCAAGGUGGUUGUCGUUGGCGAUCUCUACGUGGGCAAGACCAGCCUCAUCCACAGGUUUUGCAAGAAUGUCUUUGACCGUGACUACAAGGCCACCAUCGGGGUGGACUUUGAAAUUGAGCGCUUUGAGAUUGCUGGGAUUCCCUACAGCCUGCAGAUCUGGGACACAGCAGGGCAGGAGAAGUUCAAGUGCAUUGCAUCUGCCUACUACCGGGGUGCCCAGGUGAUCAUCACAGCCUUUGACCUCACGGACAUGCAGACUCUGGAGCACACCAGGCAGUGGCUGGAGGAUGCACUAAGGGAGAAUGAGCCUGGCUCCUGUUUCGUGUUCCUCGUGGGAACCAAGAAAGACCUUCUGUCAGGGGCUGCGUGUGCACAGGCAGAAGUGGAGGCUGUGCGUCUGGCCAACGAGAUGCAGGCCGAGUACUGGUCAGUGUCAGCUAAGACAGGGGAGAACGUGAAGGCGUUCUUCAGCCGCGUCGCUGCCCUGGCAUUCGAGCAGUCAGUUCUACAGGACUCGGAGAGGAGGAGCAGUGCCCGGCUCCAGGUCGGCGAUGGAGACCUCAUCCGCAUGGAGGGGAGUCCCCCUGAGACCCAGGAGAGCACGACAUCCUCCGGCCUAGGUUGCUGUUAGCUGGGGCCUGCACCGGAAGCCUCUACUCCCUGCACAUGCAUGGCCAGUGUCUUCUGUGACCAUGGAGGGGUGACAUGAAGCCAUCCGUGUCUGCCCACCCACCAUGCUGAGCCCCAGAGCUCAGCCCCUUCUCUUUAGCAAGUGGGAACCAGGAAAGGCCCGCUCUGGCUGCCGGAGCCCCCCACUGUCCCACUGGUGGGUGCACUGCGGUAAUCAUCCAGAAGCCACCUACAGAGUCACCAGACAUCCCCCCUGGCCUCGAGAGGCCUCAGAACUGCAGACACAAGACACUGGUGCCCCAUGGCCCUCCUCUCUCACCCUCGGCACAUGUUAGCUGAUCACGUAGGGACUCUGCCAGCUUUCCUGGGUUAGCCUCAGGAUCCUCCUCUUCUCAGUGGUCCAGGCAAGCGGAACUUGUCAAAGCCAGCAUGUGAGGGAAAACCCACCUGUCAUCCCUGCUUGGGACUCUUCUGUAAUCAACAGGACUCGCAGCUCACUGUCCACUGUCCCUCUGCCACAGACUUGUGGGCUCCUUGAGCAGCCUUGCUCCUCCUCCAGACAAGAGGGUCUCCCAGGCCCCUUCUGGCCGAGGGUCAUCUUUGCCUCCUUCUUGAUCCCUGGGAUCCUGUCCUGUUGGUCAGUGGCUGAAGACGGGCAGAACAGGCCAUUCAUGCCCUCUGACCCGGCUGGGCAAUGAAUUUCCCAAGCUGUGCUAUGGGAAGAAGGCUGCCCAGCUGCCCCGGGGGUGAAUUACUGCUCCAUCCCUUGUGCACGGCACUGCCCUGUGGUUACCAGCAGUAGUCACCCCGGACGCUGCUGGGCUGGUGCCUGUGCUUGCCCCCGCCGCCCCUCUCUCCCUCUGGCCUGCACAGGAAGGGCCUGGAAAACAAGAAAAUGCUAGGUGCGUGCCUCUCAGGACCUUUGUGGUGGCAUCCAUGGCUCCUUGGAGGACAUCAGAGGCCCUCCAGAGACUAGCAAGCAAGCUCCCCCUCUGUACCACCCCAUCCUGCACCCCCAGAACAGGCAGAACAAGCCAGGCAUCCCCUCCCCGGCUCCCACCCAGAGUGCCCGCUCUCUCUGUGUCCACAUGGUGGUGCUCUGCGGGGGCUAUGAACUACCCCCCCCCCGCCCCACACCCCUACUCCUCCCUGCCCACCCAGUUCCACGAGCAGGUGGGCACAUCUGGGCAUAUCCUACCUGCUCCUCUGAGAUGGUGAGCAUGUUGCAAACAGCUGUUCGGUCAGUGCCCCACACAGUGCCUGGCACACUGUGUGCCCAGUGCGUGCUGGUUGGCUGACAGCAACUGCCAGAUGCUGGUUGGGGAAGAACACCGACCUCUUUUUCUGUUCAGUCUCCCUUCACCACAUUUGAGCUCUAAUUUUUUACAGAUAUAAAACACUUCAUAUAAAUCACUCUUACAGGAAUUAUGCACGUGCUUAUUGUAAACCAAAACAAAAAACUACAAGGCUUUGUAUACAGAGUGAAAGCCCCUCUCCUGUGCUUAGAAGUAAGUGUUGUUAACAGCUGUAGGAGUCCUUCCAUACUAUUCCUCUGCAGCACAGCCACGUGUGUUUUCUCGUUUGCUGUGAGACCAGAAUGACCUUUCACCACUCAUGCUGCCUGGCAGCCUGCCUUCUGGUUGACCUGCAGGAGCCCUCUGUCCACACAGAGCCGACAUGUUCCUUUAGCAACUGCCAGUUUUCCUUCAGGUGAUGGACCAGAGUCCGAGUGCCCUGCCCCCUGAGUGGGACGUGAGGUUUGUGUCCAGCUUCUAGCUUUUACCAAAGGUACUGUAGUGACCAUCCUUGUAGUUAGUUUCCUGAAGAGAACUUGCUGGCCCUUCUGAGGACUGGUGGCCCAGCUUGGUCCACUAGACACAAUCUUGGCGGGGGGGGCAGGCUGCGUUAGGACCAGGUUUGUGGCACACAGCAGAAAGUGUCAUGGGAUAAAGGAGCCUGGCCACGGUGGGUGGGCUGGCACUCUCUCCAACGGCUCCCUCCCCUCACCCCUCAGGCCCUGGGAUGGGGGGGUGAUAAUGCUGUCCUGGUAAUAGCUCCUGUGCUAGGACCUCAUUGUCUCUGUGCAUCCACUCUCGGUAAGUAGCCCUUUAUUAAACUCGCCCCGUGCUGCCCACCCUGCGUGCUGAGCUUUUUCCCACCAGCUGAUACGGAGUCUCUUCUGUCAGAAUCCAUGAGUCAACAAAGACAUUCUCUUCAAACACCUCAAAAUUUAGCCGUCAUUUCUGGGGCAGAGACCCAGAACCAGAUGCAAAUGGUUCAGAAGAGGCUAGUCCCUCAGCCAUACGUCCCUGCCAAGCAGCCUCGUCCAUGGGACACUGUCCCUUAUGUGUCUAUCCCCCAGUCAGGUGGUCCCAGUGCCCUGUCACUCAGGGUUGUGAUCCCCAAAAGAGGUUUAUUCAUGUGGCCCCAACCACACCCAGCCCUCCUCAGGGUCUUCAGCAGAGCCAGGAAAUGAAUUUAUCAAUCCCCUCCUCUGUCACCCCUUCCUCCCUGAGCCCCCUCAGUUUUAGUGGUCCCCAGCUCUGCAGCCACGUGACCUGUGAUGAAGACUCCCCAGUGACCCAGAGCCAGAGCGGGGCACUUGCUCCUAGCCUCUUUCCUCUUGUGCCCUGGGCACCAGCUUGCCUCCCCCUGCCCCUAGCCUCUCUUUGGGCCCCUAGAUUGUAGGGGAGGCCAAGGAUCCAUUCGACUCUGAUUUCAGCAGGGGGGUGAGAUGGGAGCCACCCCCAGAUGAACCAGAGAGACCCAGGGUGUUUUAAGCAGGGAGACCCAAGGUUACCCGAGAUCUAGGUAACUGGAGCAGAGAAACAGACAGAGGAUCACUUACAUUCACACAGAUGAGAAUUAGUGUACCCAGGAAAGGUCUGGUUCACAAGGAGUUCCAAGCCUGCAGGGGGGACAUGGUGACCACAGAGGCCCAGAGUGGUGACCGAGAGAAGGCAAGGGGUGAAGAGGAGCCUUCAGAAGAAGCAGCACACAGCUCAGGGAGGGCCCUCCUCUUCUGAGGGAGAAGGGGCUUCUGAAGACUGGGGGGGCCUGGGUCCACUGUCAUUCAAGAAGCCCACGACUUCGGUGCUGCCCCGAGAUGAGACCCCCUCCCAGCAGCUCCUGGGCUCCUCUGCCAUCUGCUGUGGCCUCCCCAUGUCACCUCCCAUAUGUCGGGCCUUCCCCUGAGGGAAGUUGAUCGGCAGACGGGAAAUGUGGCUGUCAUACCACCUCUGCCUCUUUCCAGGCAGCCCAGAUCCUUCCCAGCCUCCACCCCCACAUCCAGAUGCCUACCUAGCAUUCAGGACCACCAGCCACCUGUCUGAGCCUGCCCCCCAGCCUGCUGUCUACAGGCCCUUUGCUCUGCUUGCUCCCCACCCUGUCUUCAGGGACACAUGGUGGGUGUUCUGGGAAGCAAAGCAGCCCCAGGGCUCUCUUGUGCCCCACAUGUGGCUGGUACCCCCUGGCCUGAGGGUGCUCUGGGCCUCUGACCACUGGAAGCCACAGCCUGGACCAUCUCACAUGCCUAUCCUUCAGGAACAAGCUCAUCUUGCCCCUGCCCCUUCCCUCUCUGUGAGGGCUGGAAAUGGCAGCCAGCCCCCACCCCCGCAGGGAUUCCCUGGCUCUAGGGGCCUCAUCAAUAAUUGAUUCUGCAGAAGGCAGGUGGAGUUAGAGCUGAGGGGGGCCUGGAAGGAAAGGCCCACAUACUCAUUUAGAACCCUUGGCAGAGGCCGUCCCACAGAGAUCCCUGAUCCCCACUCCGGGCCUGGGGCUGGCGGCCUGGAGGAGGUGCCCAGCCUGGCACUGUCCAGCACGGCACAAGCAAGCAGACUGAAGAAAGCUGUAUUGAUGACCCUAGUUUUCUGAUCUUGCCUGUAGCUCCCUGGGGCUGACAGAUGAUGGAUGACAGAUGGGGGUCACAUGGCCACAUCCUGCUUGAAGGGAGCCCUCCUCUGGCCUCCAGGCCCCAAAGUGGGUAGGGAUGAGGGUACAGACAGAGGAAGGAAAGAGCAAGAAAAGGCCCAGAUAUUCAAGUUGGUCUUAGGUACAUCUUCAGGCAAAAAGCCAUGCUGACUUUAUAAUGCCAUAUCUGAUAAUCCCACAGUGGUCAGGAAUACCAAUUUGGGACUUGGGCAGGCUGGGCUCAAGUCUGCACCUCUCCCUCUUACUGCUGUGUGACUAAGGGGUCACUCCCUCUCUCAGCCUUUUUCUCUGCCUCCUGCCAGGAUGAUAGCUGUGAGGGGGGAAGCAAGUCACAUCAGUGGAGCUCCUAGCCCCAGGCUGGGUAGCUGGCAAGGGCUGGGUGGAUGGAAGCCCGUGCAACUCCCAUGAGCCAUGCCACUGCCCCCACCUACACAGUGACUUUGCGUUAUUUAGAAAAAGGUACCCAUGCACUUCCUUAAAGAGUUAAACUUAGAAUUGCUGUUCUUAAGAAUAUUCGCCAAAGAAUUGAAAACAAGGACUCAAGCAAAUACGUGUACACAUAUGUUCAGACAGCAUUAUUCAUACGAGCCAAAUGUCCA